AUGGGCGGCCGAGACUUUUACAAGAUCCUCGACGUCUCCCGAGACGCCUCGGACGCCGAGCUCAAAAAAGCCUACCGAAAACUGGCCAUGAAAUGGCACCCGGAUAAAAACCCAGGCUCCAAACAAGCGCAAGCCGAGAAGAAGUUUAAAGAAGUCUCCGAGGCGUACGAAGUCUUGACCGAUCCGAAAAAGAAAGAGAUUUACGACCGGUACGGCGAAGAUGGGUUACAAGACGGGUUCGGAGGUGGUGGUAACGGUGGAGGACACGGGUUCUCGCAACAACACGCGCACGAUAUAUUCAAAGAGUUCUUCGGCGGCGGCGGCGGAGGGAUGGGAGGCGACCCGUUCGGCGGCAUGGGAGGCGGCUUCGGGGGCAUGGGCGGGGACCCGUUCGGCGGCAUGGGAGGCGGCAUGCCGCAACAACAAAGGCAAAGGACGAAACCACCUGCGGUUGAGCAGAAACUCGCGGUCAGUUUGGAAGAUUUGUUCUACGGCGCGACGAAAAAGUUGAAAAUCACGAGGAAAGUGUUGGACGCGUCCGGGAACCAAAAAUCGAAAGCGGAAACUAUAGAAGUACCCAUUCGCGCAGGGUUUAAAAAAGGGACGAAAAUAACCUUCGCGGAGAAAGGAGGCGACGAGGAUAGAAACACGAUAGCUGCGGAUUUGGUGUUUGAAAUCGACGAGAAGAAACAUCCGCACUUUGCGAGAGACGGGAACGAUUUGAUUAAAACGGUGAAGAUAGAUUUGGUGGACGCCAUGUGCGGGUGGUCGUCGACGGUGUACACCAUCGACGGGAAGAGCAUCGACGUCAGCGUCCCGCACGUGAUCAGCCCGAAGUAUGUCAAAGUCAUUUGCGGUCAAGGCAUGCCGCUCUCGAAAUCUCAAAGUGGCAGAGGCGAUUUGAAAAUCAAGUUUGACAUUCAGUUCCCGGGCGACGACGCGAUCUUAUCGGAGGAUCAAAAAAAGCAAGUUCGGUCCGUGUUAGCCAGCAUUAAGUGA